UCCUAAAGUCUACUAUCAAUUUCACUGUCUUAAGAGCAUUGAGCUCCAGGUUGUUGUGAUGGCACCAGGCCGCCAGCUGUAUCACUUCCUGUCUAGUGGUCAAUGUUGAUCAUUCAAGGACUACUCUUUCCCACCAGUGUAUCUGUGCCAUGAUUAUUGUCCAUGAUUCCCUUCACUUUAAAUGCUGAUGCUGAAUAAUGGAAGUUUGAAAAUCAGAGUUGAUAAUAAGAGAAAAUUUACAAUAGUCCAUACCAUUGCGAACAUUCUAUGGUAAGGCGAUAGAUUUGUUUGUGCCAAUUACUAUUUUAACAAUCAAUAUAAUUUUUAAAUAAAUAAUUCACUGUAGUUUCAUUUUACUCCUGUGCAUCUUUUUAAUAUUAUGUAGCAAUCCAGAUUUUAUGUUUUUUUUCAUGCAGGUAAAUAAAAUGUCUGAGAAACUGAGGCAGUGCAGGGAAGACCUAGCAGCAGCUCUGGAUCGAGCCAUGGAGGACAAUAUUGUAUCUCCUAUGUUCUCUUCAGACUCUGAGUGGCUUGAAUCAGUGAGGUUACUGGAACCAGAUAGUGCAUUCAUUAACCAUUCCUUUGCGAGAAUGUAUCCAUCGUUCAGUUCUCCACAUCUCACCCAGCCAGUUCUCCAAGUAUUACCUGAGAGAGGACCAUAUUACUGUGUGCCAGCAGAACUUGCGUUGAUGGAUUGCAAUAAUAUUUCAUUCAAAGUAAAGCGGCUUGUCUUUGGAAAUGCAGAAAGCUUUGUCAUGAAUACCAAUAUUCCAGUGCGAGAUGGUCCCUUUGAGAAUUGUUGUGAGAGCACGGACAAUUUUACACAAGAAUAUAUCAGUUCCUCACAAGAAACCAACAAUUAUGUAUGUCCAGAAACACAGGGAAACAAUCCAUCAAACAAUUCUUGUGAAGAACUGACAAAGAAUCUUCUAGAAGUAAUAGAGAGCACCAGUAUUCGAACGCUCGAGGCAUUGGCAGGAAAACUGGAACCUUUGAGUGAAUCUUGUCCAUCCCUUUCUCAAUCUGCUGGAUCAGUUUCUGCAGAAGACACUGUAGCCCUUUUCUUUGCUGAUCCACCCUGUAGCCCAAUAAAUAAAGAACCACACACUGGGAAAUAUAGACUCUCAGAUGAUGACAACUUGAUUAAUAUUGUCCUGGACAUGGAAGAGGAUUACAACAUAUUGAAAAAAGUGUAGGUAGAUAGAUAAGAUUAAGUAAUAUGGAGAAACACAUAAUGCUGAGCACAUUUUGGAACCAAAUUUGACUGGUCUAUCUUGCAACUUGCAACAUAUCUUUACCUGCAUUUUAAGCAAGAACAUCCAAUGAUAGAUACAAAUAAAUUCCUGAAGCAAUUGUCUCUGGACUACUGCAGCCAAACCACACUUUGAUGAGGACCAGUAAAAAGUUCUACAUGCAAGUCUGAAUGCAAAACACAGCAAGCAGCUAACCUAAAAAACUUUAGUUCAGCUGGAAUUCCUCCAUCGCAACCAUACUUAGAUUUUUUUUGGCUGGCUAUUGGUUUGAUCUUCAGAAUACAUGUAUUCUUGAUUACAGUCCAAUACAAAAUAAAUGCCUUCCCUUCCAGUUUAUGUGCAGAAGGUUGCUGUCAAAUUAACUCUCACUGAAGAUUUACAAAAGCUCUUGUCAUAAAUUAUCCAAUAGGCCCGGAUUACUAUACUUGGUAUGUUGACCAGUUGAACAAGAUAAGUGGGAAGGUGCAAUUUUUAACAAGUCUUGACUAAAAAGGACAUUAUCUUUUUAAAAUAAUGACAAUGUAUUAAGUAAUAUAUGCAUUAAAGGUCAUGCAAUUUAUUCCAAUGAAAACAUAUCUGUUAAAUGGUUAUGUAUGAUAAAUGAAUUAUUCUUCUGUAAUAAACAAUGUUGUUUGAAUAUGUGAGAAAUUAUUCGAGGUUGCUUCCCACUUGCAGACAUCCUGAGAACACACAUUCAGCUGAGGGUAGGACCAUAGUUCAUAUGAUCUUCAAUAUGCAAUGCAGUUAGUUGUUAAAAGGUUACACUAACAGCAACUCCCAAAACUAAGGAACUUUAGAACCAAGAGAACAAAGUAGUAUAAUGCAUGAUAAUG